AGAAUCAUCCUAACCAAACUGCAUUCAAUUUAGGUCAAACAUAUUGAGGUUUAAAAGUCAACACAUCAUCAAUGAAGGUUCCUGCUGGUUUCCUGGUUGUUUCACUAUUGCUCUCAUGUUUCACAGCUACAAGCUAUGGUGUAUACUUCUCUUCCCUUAAAGAGACUCUUGAAGUUACUGCUUCACCCUCAAAAGACCAAGUUCUCAAGGCAGGGGAGGACACAAUCACAGUGACAUGGAGAUUCAACCAGACCUACUCAGCUGGGACAGAUUCGGACUACAAGACCGUAAAAGUCAAACUUUGCUACGCACCAAUUAGUCAAAAGGACCGAUCUUGGAGGAAAACAGAAGACCGUUUGAAAAAAGACAAGACCUGCCCACACAAGAUUGUGGCUCGCCCAUACGCUGCUUCAAACAACUCAUUUACGUGGACUGUCGAGAAAGAUAUACCUUCUGGAGUAUAUUUUGUGAGGGUUUAUGCACUUAAUGCUCAUGAUGAAGAAGUGGCAUACGGCCAGAACACAGAUGCUCAUAAGGUUAACAACUUGUUCAAGAUCCAAGCAAUCACAGGUCGCCACGUGUCACUUGAUAUUGCGUCGGUCUGCUUUUCUGCUUUCUCCAUAGUCUCAUUGGCUGGUUUCUUUUACAUGGAGAAGAGGAAAGGAAAGUCAUCCCAACAGAAAUGAGAUUUUCUUCUGCAUACUUCAAUACCGAAAAGAGAAUCCUACUUUGGUUUUAUAACUAAAAGAUGGUUGCUUGCAAUACCCUCUAAAUACUAUUUGUUUCGUUAAAUAUAAAGGAAAGCAUACUCUCUGUUCAUGUCUGAUGAAUAGUGUGUUCUAAACCUGGAAGUGAAGUGCUAGCUAGGCGCUAAGUUAUUAUUUUUAAACUAUUUUUCUGUUGAGAUGAUUAGGUGUAAAUUAGUCUAUAGUUAUCUCUUACAAAUUAAGUUACGGUUUAAUGUUACUUUUGUAACCAGUAGCCUAUAAGAGGCAGCGGUUGUAUUUUAUCUUCAGAUUCGACAUGAAUCACAGAAUCGUUUCUCCCCA